AUGGUUGCAACAUUAUUUGGAAUCGAGUAUAAAGUUGUAGAAGAAGGUGUUAUUGAUAAUGAUCAACAUAUUAAAUUAUUAGAAAGCUUAACGGAAGAAGGUGGUCGUAGAGCUGUCGUUUUUUUAUAUCAAGAAAUGGAACCUCCUCCUUUAGAGGCAGGAAGAGCACUGUCUGACAACACACUUCCUUUUAAAAGAAUUAUUGUAACUGAUGGAAGUGAUAGUCCAUGCAAAGACAGAGCUAUUGUGGUUUAUAGAACUAAAGGUCACAUAAAUAUCGAACCAAGAAACGUUUGCGAGGAUAUGUUGUAUGCAUCUUUAGAAGUUGAUCCAAACGAUAUAAAUACGGUAUCUGCCAUGCAAGGUCUAUUAGGAAGAACUUCAUCCAAAUCAUUGGAAGUAUUUACACAAUGGGGUGAACUUAACAAAACAAACACUGGUUUAAUGGCAAAAAAAGAAUUUUUAGACGAAUAUAAAGCGUUUGAUAAUUUUAUUUCCGCUACUAAAUCAGAUUUAGAUGGUAAAAUUAAAUUUCAAUUUCCCGAAGAAAUAUAUAAAAAUUUUUUAACAACUCCCGAGGAUGUAAAAAUAGCUGCCCGAAAUCCAGAUAUUGCAUCAGAAGUAAAUGCCUACGGGAAAAUUUGGGUUAAACAAAUAGAAAAAGUUUUAGUUGAAGCAGAACAAAUUAGGCGUGAAAAAGAUGAUGUUGGACCAAUGGCAGAAUUAGAAUAUUGGAGAAAAUGGCUAACAAAAUUUACUUCAGUUGUCGAAUUUAUAAAAACUGAAAAAUUAAAAAUGUGUUUGCAGUGUUUACGAUAUUCAAGGUCUAAAAUAAUUCCACUUUGGGGCCCUUUAGAUAAUAGAAUCACUGAAGCUUGUAACGAAGCUGCAGAUAAUGUUAAAUAUUUAUAUGCAUUGGAAAGGUACAGUGAACCUUUAUACACGUGUGAUCCUACCACAAUGGGAGACCACAUAUCAAGUUUAAUGUACACAAUCCGUAUGAUUUAUGCUACUUCUCGUUAUUACAAUACCUCAGAAAGAGUGACAGCACUUUUGGUUAAAGUAACCAAUCAAAUGGUUACGCAGUGUAGAAAUUAUUUAACAGAAAAUGGUACAAAAACCGUUUGGGAACAUAAAAAAAAAGAUAUUAUAACAAAAAUGAGGGUAUGUUUAAAUCUUUAUAAAAAAUAUAAAAGUUGCUUUGCCGAAACCCAAAGACAAAUAAAUGAAAAUCCCGAAGAAAAAGCAUUUGGUUGUUCAGAAGCUAAUGUUUUUGUUAAAUUUGAAUCUUUUCGAAUUAGACUUGAGAGAUUAACAGAUACGCUGGAAACUUAUUUAGCAUAUUCAAUUAUUCAAAGUUCUCGACUUGAAGGUAUAGAUUAUUAUGUUAAAAGUUUCAAUAAAUAUUUUAAUGACAUGGCUUCAAAACCAUAUGACGCUUUAAACCACAGAAAACCGUAUUUCGAUGCUGACUAUGAUGUUUUUAAACAACAAGUAAAUACUUGGGAACAAGAAAUAAGAAAUUAUUUGGGUGAAACGUUAGCUACAAUGCCAAACGUUCAAGAAUCAUUAAGAAUACUAGAGAGAUUUGACAAAUUGAAUUUACCUUGCUUGCUUAUAAAUAGAAAAUAUUUAGAAUUAUUAGAUAAAUUUUACGACGAAAUUGGUGAUGUGAGAGAUAGAUAUAAUGAAGAUCGACAAAGUUGUCCGGUUCCUAAAAAUAUGCCUCCAGUUUCUGGACGAAUAUUUUGGGUUCGACAGCUUUAUAAAAGAAUAGAAGAACCAAUGGAUAUUUUUAAAACUAAGAAAGCGGUUAUAGAACAUCCUCGAGCUCAGAAAGUAAUAAAAUUAUACAAUUGUAUUUGUAAAGUAUUUGUUCAAUAUGAAUUGGUUCACCAUCAACUUUGGUGUGAACAUGUUUCUCAAGUUGAAGAAUGUUUAGUGGUUCCAGUUUUAACUAAACACCCUAGAAAAAAUAUGAUCAAUGUAAAUUUUAAUAGUUACAUAGAAGAAGUUAUUAGAGAAGUUGAAUACAUGAGGUCUGUUCCUCGUUUAUUUUUACCAUUGAUGCGACCGUUAUUAUACGAUUUAGAACUGGCUUUUAAUCCUGGUAUGGCCGAUAUAACUUGGGUAUCUUCCGAAAUAUCUAACUUUUGCGAACAAGUUGAAACAAAGUUAAUUAAAGUUGGUUGCUUUAUAAAAGAAUUGGUUGACAUGAAAGCUGCUCGUAUUGACGAGCCUUUGCUGGCCAUAUCAAAAACUUCUUUCUUGGAAAUCCCAACGGAUUCAGCCGUUUCACCUCAAGAAUUUUACGAAUCAAAUGUGACUUUGAGACUAAAUUUAGAAAAAGAAAUAGAAACCAAAUAUUCUGUGAUUGAAGAAGCGGCUAUUGAACUCAUCGAUCGCUUUGUUGAUACAUUUGAUGUUCCUUCGGUGGCCAAUGAAAAAUAUUUUUGGUUAGAUCCAUCGAAAAUUUUAAAACCAAGUAGUUCUGCCAUGAAUUUAGUUAUUUCCGAUGACAUAGCGUUUAGAGCAGUGGAAAAAGUAACCGAAGAGGAUCUUACUCAGUUUAAAAAUGAUUGUAUGGACAUGUUUGCGUAUUUUUUCCAAAGGAGCAUAGAUGCACUUGUACGUGCCACAAAAUCAUCUCUAGAAGCUCUAAGACGGCGAGCUUUUGCUUUUACCGUCGUUACCGAAGAAGAAUCAAAUUUUAUAAAACCAUUUUUAUACACUCAUAUGGUAUUACAUAUUCCGACCAUUUCAAUAUCUCCGAAUUUAGAUGAAAUACAAUCGUAUUGCGGGAAGGUGGUAUCAAAUAUUUUAGAAACUCAUAAAGGAAUAAUUCAAUGGGGUCAACGUUCGGAUAAGUUGGCCGCUAUUGAAGAUAAACCAAUAUUUGAAGAAGAAAUCGAAGAAGAAGAUGAAGGUGAAAAACUUAUAACUGAAGAAUCGCAAGAACACGAAGAAAAUGAAGAAGAAGAGAUUUUAGAGGAAGAAGAAAAUGAAUUAGAACAUGGUUUAAAAAAAGGUUCAUUUAAAACGAAAUUGAAAAAUUAUUAUAAACUAAUAGCGGAUCACAAAGAAAUUGUUAGAAAUGUUAUGUCAUUACAAGGAGCCAUGCUAUUAUUAAAGCCCGACGUUAUUAAAUGUAACGAAGAAUAUUUAAAAUUUUCAUAUUUGUGGGCCGAUGAUAGAGAACUUCAAGUUAAAAGUUUUGUCGAUCAGGAGCCCAUAUAUCAGGAAAUAAAAGAUAAAUUUACCGAAUUUAUCGUUAAUAUUGAUUUAGUACAAAGUUUACCUGAAAGACACGUUAUCGGAGCAUUGGAAGUACGAUUGGAUAAAAUUAAAGGUGCUUUACUUGCCGAAGCUACGACAUGGAAAUUUUUAUUAGGAAAAUUUUUAAUGCACGCAUACGGUUUAAAAUUAAAAUCCAUUGUUGAUUUUAUUAAAGAGCGAAAUAAUAUUCUUUCGAGAGCAAUCAAUGAUUUGGAUGAUGUUAGAUCAGCCAUGAGUUGUUUAGAUUUAAUUAGAGAAAAUUUUAUAAGAAUUGACAUAACUUUGGGUUUAAUUGAAGAAACUUAUGCAUUAUUUGCUAAAUUUGGUGUUACUGUUCCCAAAGAAGAACAGGAAAAAGUUGAUUCUCUAAGAUAUAAUUUUGAAUUAAUGAUUGAAACGUCGAAAAAGGUUCAAAAGAAUUUGGUGGACGUUCAAGAACCAUUUAAAGUAGAAUUAAUAAAAGAAAUAAAAAAAUUUAAAAUGGAUUUAGAAAAUUUCGAUAGAGAUUUCGAAGUUGGAGGACCUCUUGUACCUGGAUUGGCUGCUCGCGAAGCUAGCGAUAGAGUCACAUUAUUUCAAAUGCGUUUUGAUGAUUUAUGGGAACGUUAUGAAAGAUAUGCCAACGGAGAAAGAUUAUUCGGUUUACCAUUGAGUGAUUAUCCAACAUUAUUUGAACGUAAAAAACAAAUGAACUUGCUCAACAAACUCUAUUCGUUAUAUGUACAAGUAAUGCGUUCGAUUGACGGUUACAAUAAUCUUUUGUGGGCGGAUAUUGAUAUAGAUGUUAUAAAUGCCGAAUUAACGGAAUUUCAAAAUAGAUGUCGAAAAUUACCAAAAGGUAUGAAAGAUUGGCCAGCAUUCAUUGAAUUAAAAAAGAAAAUUGAUGAUUUUAAUGAAACUUGUCCCCUGUUGGAAAUGAUGGCUAAUAAGGCUAUGAAAGAUAGACAUUGGAUAAGGCUAUCAAAACUUUUGGGAUAUGAAUUUGAUGUGGAAUCAGAAACGUUUUUAUUGAAAAAUGUUAUGGAUGCGCCAUUGUUAAAAUAUAAAGAAGAUGUCGAGGAUAUUUGCAUUAGUGCCAUUAAAGAAAAAGAUAUUGAAGCGAAAUUAAAACAAGUAAUAGCGGAUUGGUCUGUGGUGGAAUUGAGUUUUUCACAUUUCAAAAGUCGUGGAGAAUUAUUAUUAAAGGGAACGGAAACUGCAGAAAUAAUUGCUUUAUUAGAAGACAGUUUAAUGCUUUUAUCCUCGCUUCUUUCCAACAGGUACAAUGCAUUCUUUAAAAAAGAUAUUCAAUUGUGGGUGUGGAAAUUAAGCACAACUUCGGAAAUAUUGGAAACCUGGAUGACGGUUCAAAAUUUAUGGGUUUAUUUGGAGGCUGUUUUCGUCGGUGGUGAUAUAGCUAAACAACUUCCAGCCGAAUCGAAAAGGUUUGCGGCCAUUGAUAAGUCUUGGGUAAGAAUUAUGCACAGGGCAAGAGACAUAGCUUUGGUGAUUGAGGUGUGCGUCGGAGAUGAAACAAUGCUUCAAAUGUUACCACACUUGUUGGAACAACUGGAAUCAUGUCAAAAAUCAUUAACCGGUUACCUGGAAUCAAAAAGAUUAUUGUUUCCAAGAUUUUUUUUCGUUUCCGAUCCUGCUUUGCUGGAAAUUUUAGGUCAAGCAUCGGACAGUCACACAAUUCAAAAUCAUUUAUUGAGUGUUUUUGAAAAUGUUUACAUGGUUGAAUUUGAUGAUAAAGUAUACGAUCGUAUUACCGCCAUCAUGUCGAAAGAAAUGGAAAAAAUUCCAUUAGAAAAAGAAGUUUUUGCUAUCGGAGGAGUUGAAUUUUGGUUAGGAAAUUUACUAAAAAUGGCACUUCAAUCAUUGAAUAUUGUCAUUGGUCAAGCUGCGGUUGCCAUAAAAGAUCCCGAUUUUCAAGUUCUUGAUUUCUUAGACAAAUUUCCAGCUCAAGUUGGUUUAUUAGGAAUUCAAUUUAUUUGGACCAGGGAUUCUGAAUUGGCGCUUAACAAAUGUCGAAUUGACAAGACAAUAAUGAAAGAAACAAACUUAAAAUUUUUAGCUUUAUUGAAUUUAUUAAUCGAACAAACGACAAAAGAUUUAUCGAAAUUCACUCGCGUUAAAUUUGAAACUCUUGUCACAAUUCACGUUCAUCAAAGAGAUAUUUUCGAUGAUUUAGUCAGAAUGAAAGUUAAAAGCGUUACCGAUUUCGAAUGGUUAAAACAAGCAAGAUUUUAUUGGUUGGAAGAGGAAGAAGAAUGUUUGGUACGAAUAACCGAUGUUAAUUUCAUAUAUCAAAAUGAAUUUUUGGGUUGCACGGAACGUCUUGUGAUAACUCCAUUAACCGACCGAUGUUAUAUAACACUCGCACAAUCAGUCGGAAUGAAUAUGGGUGGAGCUCCAGCCGGACCAGCUGGAACUGGUAAAACGGAAACAACCAAAGAUAUGGCAAAAGCAUUAGGAAAAUAUUGCGUCGUUUUUAAUUGUUCGGAUCAAAUGGAUUUCAGAGGAUUGGGAAGAAUUUUUAAAGGUUUAGCACAAUCUGGAUCUUGGGGAUGCUUCGAUGAAUUCAAUAGAAUCGAACUACCCGUGCUUUCGGUCGCUGCCCAACAAAUAAAUAUUGUUUUCACAGCGAAAAAAGAACGAAAAUCAUAUUUUAUAUUUAGCGAUGGUGACAUGGUUUCUCUAAAUAUGGAAUUUGGUAUAUUUAUAACUAUGAACCCUGGUUAUGCCGGACGUCAGGAACUACCGGAAAAUUUAAAAAUUAUGUUUAGAACUGUGGCAAUGAUGGUACCGGACAGGCAAAUCAUCAUGAGAGUUAAAUUGGCUUCUUGCGGAUUUAAAGAAAAUGUACCAUUGGCGAAAAAAUUUUUCACUUUGUACAAACUUUGCGAAGAGCAACUUAGCAAACAAGUCCAUUACGAUUUCGGUUUAAGAAAUAUAUUAUCCGUUUUGAGAACUUUAGGAUCGCAAAAAAAACAAUAUCCAUCCGAUUCUGAAGAAAUGUUGGUCAUGAGAGUUUUAAGAGACAUGAACUUAUCAAAACUGGUCGAUGAAGAUGAAUCGCUUUUUGUUUCUCUUAUUGAGGAUUUGUUUCCCGGCGUGAAAUUGGGUGCAGCCGUGGUUAAAAAGAAUCUUCAAACUGCCAUUAAUUUAGUUUGUAAUCAAAUGAAUUUAGUCAAUCAUCCACCUUGGAAUUUAAAAUUGGUACAAUUAAUGGAAACAUCUCUUGUACGUCACGGUUUAAUGACGUUGGGACCAACGGGAGCUGGGAAAACCAAAUGCAUCCACGUUUUAAUGCGAUCUUUUACCGAAAUAGGAAAUCCACACAAAGAAAUGAGAAUGAAUCCAAAGGCUAUCACAGCAGCUCAAAUGUUUGGACGAUUGGAUGUUGCCACAAACGAUUGGACCGAUGGAAUAUUUUCUACAUUAUGGCGUAGAUCCUUGAAAGUUAAAAAGACGGAUAGCACUUGGAUCGUUUUGGAUGGACCCGUCGAUGCAGUAUGGAUAGAAAAUUUAAAUAGCGUACUGGAUGAUAAUAAAACUUUGACAUUAGCCAACGGAGACAGAAUUGUUAUGGCUCCAAAUGCUAAAUUAGUAUUCGAACCGGAUAAUGUAGAUAAUGCGUCUCCAGCAACCGUAUCCAGAAUGGGAAUGGUUUUCAUGAGUUCAUCCGUAUUAAAUUGGCAGCCUAUUCUUGACGGAUGGUUAAAACAGAGACCCGAAGGUGAAGCUACGAUAAUACGAAAUUUAUUUUACAAAAUUUACGAAGAUCUUCAAUUUUUUGUUCAAACGAAAUUGGUGGCAAAAAUGGCGAUUGGGGCUGCUUUGUAUAUUCGUCAAUGUUGUGACGUCCUCGAAGGUUUAAUCUAUUCAGAAGAUGAUCCUCGAACCCUUCCGGAUUAUCAUUUGGAAAGGUUUUUCUUGUUUGCUUUAAUGUGGAGUUUGGGAGCCGUCCUGGAACUUGAUGAACGGGAAAAACUAGAAACUUUUGUAUUGGGACAUAAAUCAAAACUUAAAUGGCCAAAGCUUCACGGAGGGGAUUCUAUAUUUGAAUUUGUCGUUAACUAUGACGGAUUUUGGGAACAUUGGUCUGAAAGAGUUGUCGAUUAUGUAUAUCCGGAAGAUUCCGUUCCUGAAUAUUCAAGUAUUUUAGUACCUAAUGUUGAUAAUGUGAGAACUGCAUUUUUAAUUGAAAUCAUUGCUAAACAGUCAAAAGGUGUACUUCUCAUAGGAGAACAAGGAACUGCCAAAACCGUAAUGAUAAAGAGUUUUAUGGCAAAAUAUGAUCCCGAAACUCAUCUUAGUAAAAGUUUCAAUUUUUCUUCUGCUACCACUCCAAACAUGUUCCAGAGAAUAAUAGAAAGCUACGUAGACAAACGAGUAGGUACCACGUACGGGCCUCCGAACGGAAGAAAAAUGUCCGUGUUUAUAGAUGAUAUUAAUAUGCCGGUAAUAAAUGCAUGGGGAGAUCAAGUCACCAACGAAAUAGUCCGUCAAUUAAUGGAAAUGAAAGGUUUUUAUUCGUUGGAGAAACCAGGAGAAUUUUCAACUAUAAUCGACAUUCAAUUUUUGGCGGCCAUGAUACAUCCCGGCGGAGGAAGAAAUGACAUUCCUCCAAGAUUAAAAAGGCAAUAUUGUAUUUUUAACUGUACUUUGCCUUCGAGCAAAUCAAUGGACAAAAUAUUUUCUGUCAUUGGAGAGGGUUAUUUUUGUUCAAAACGAUUUAAACAAGAAAUAGUAGAGUUUGUACCAAAAUUAAUUCCUUUAACUAGAAUUAUGUGGCAAACAACGAAAAAUAAAAUGUUGCCAACUCCGGCAAAAUUUCAUUACGUUUUUAAUUUAAGAGAUUUAAGUAGAAUAUGGCAAGGAAUAUUAAACAUACAAGAUCCAGAAUGUCCAACCAUUGUUACUUUAUUAAAAUUAUGGCAACACGAAUGCAAACGAGUGAUUUCAGAUAGGUUCACAACAUUCGAAGAUCAAAAAUGGUUUCGACAUAAUUUACAAAAAAUUGCACACCAAGAACUUGACGAUGAUUUUAAAUAUUACGAAGAUGAUAAUGCAUUUUUUGUUGAUUUUCUACGUGAUGUUCCGGAAGCAACGGGAGAUGAACCUGAAGAUUUUGUAUUUGAAGCUCCCAAAAUUUACGAAGAAGUUGUCGACUGGCAGUUGGUUAUAGAUAAAUUAUUUUUUUACAUGGCGGGUUACAACGAUGUGAUUCGAGGUGCCAAAUUAGACAUGGUAUUUUUCCAGGAUGCUGUGAUACACCUUAUAAUUAUAUCACGUGUUAUUGAAACACCUAGAGGGAAUCAAAUGUUGGUGGGUGUAGGCGGUUCGGGUAAACAGUCUCUCACUAAACUGGCAUCAUUUAUUUCCGGUUAUAAAACUCAUCAAAUAACACUAACUCGAUCCUAUAAUCUUUCAAAUUUCCAAGACGAUUUGAAAUAUUUAUACAAAGUUGCCGGUGCGGAAGGUCACGGUAUUACAUUUAUUUUUACCGAUAAUGAUAUUAAAGAUGAAGCUUUCUUGGAAUUUUUGAAUAAUAUAUUAAGCGCUGGAGAAGUGGCUAAUUUAUUUGCAAAAGAUGAACUCGAUGAUAUCACGAACGAUUUGGUAACAGUUAUGAGGAAAAAAGAUCCAAGAAGACCACCGACAGCAGACAAUUUGUACGACUUUUUUAUUUCACGGGCUAGAAAUAAUCUUCACAUAGUUCUUUGCUUUUCUCCGGUUGGAGGAAAAUUUAGAUCUAGAUCGUUAAAAUUUCCCGGAUUGAUUUCCGGUGUAACAAUUGACUGGUUUCAAAAAUGGCCGAAAGAUGCUUUGAUAGCCGUAUCUAAUCAUUUCUUGCAACAUUUUAAUAUUGUAUGCACGCCGGAAGUUAAAGAAGAACUUAUUAUUAACAUGGCAUACGUUCACGAUAACGUAAAUGAUAUUUGUGUCGCGUAUUUCAAUAAGUAUCGACGUCAAACUCAUGUCACUCCGAAAUCAUUUUUAUCUUUUCUUGACGGUUAUAAAAAGAUUUAUGUUGAUAGAUCAAAUACAAUAAAUUUGAUGGCGAAAAGAAUGAGUGUAGGUUUGACAAAACUUGUGGAAGCAGCUGCAAGUGUGGACGCUUUAAAGAAAGAACUUGAAGUUAAAGUGAAAGAAAUUGCUGUCGCGUCGGCUCAAACCGAAGAAGUUUUAACCGAAGUAGGUAAAUCUCAAGAAGCUGCUGCCAUUGUUAAAGCCGAAGUACAAACGGUGAAAGAAAAAGCAGAAGCUUUGGUCGUGGUAAUCGGAAAAGAAACAGCAGUAGCAGAAGGUAAACUUGAAGCCGCGAGACCUGCUCUAGAAGCAGCCGAAGCUGCUCUUCUGACCAUAAAAGCUGCUGAUAUUGCAACAGUUCGAAAAUUGGGUAAACCUCCACAUUUGAUAACGUGUAUUAUGGAUGUGGUAUUAAUAUUGUUUCAAAAAAAAUUAUUACCUAUAACCGUGGAUCCAGAAAAAAACUUUAUAAUGACAAGCUGGCAAGAAUCAUUAAAGGUAAUGGCGGAUUCAAAGUUUCUGUCAAAUUUACAAAAUUUUCCAAAAGAUCGUAUAAAUGCGGAAACGAUCGACUUAAUGAAGCCUUAUUUAGAAUUUAGCGAUUAUACUUUCGAAAAAGCCAAAACCGUUUGCGGUAAUGUGGCCGGUUUGAUUCGAUGGACGAUUGCCAUGGCUGAAUUUUUCGUUGUAAACAAAGAAGUUUUACCGUUGAAGGCUAAUUUGGCUGUACAACAAGCAAAAUUAACCGGAGCUAGAAAAGAAUUGAAAAAUGCUCAAGAAUUAUUAGAUUCUAAACAAAAAGAAUUGGAUGCUGUGCAAAUUCUUUUUGAUACCGCAAUGUCUAAGAAGCAAGCCGUUCUUGAUGAUGCUGCAAAAUGUAAAUCAAAAAUGGAUGCAGCAUCUUCAUUGAUCAACGGAUUAGGGGAAGAAAGAAUACGUUGGACGGAACAAUUGGCUCAAUUUAAAUCCGAAAUCGAAAGGUUGAUUGGAGACGUACUCAUUUUCACAGGAUUUUUAUCUUAUUGCGGUCCUUUCAAUCAAGAUUUUCGUCUUUUAAUACAAAAAAGUUGGUUUGACGAAUUAGCCAAAAGAAAAAUUCCAGUUACGGCUAAUUUAAAUAUAACUGAUAAUUUAACUGAUUCCGCAACGAUAGGUGAAUGGAAUUUACAAGGAUUACCAAAUGAUGAAUUAUCAAUACAAAAUGGUAUAAUCGUGACGAAAGCUGCACGUUAUCCAUUACUUAUAGAUCCACAAAGUCAGGGAAAAGCCUGGAUUAAAAACAAGGAAAAAGAUAAUGAUUUUACGGUUACGGUUUUCAAUCAUAAAUAUUUUAGAAAUUAUCUCGAAGAUAGUGUUUCAUUAGGAAGAGCAUUACUCAUUGAAGAUGUCGGAGAAGAAUUAGAUCCCGCUUUGGAUAAUGUUCUAGAAAAGAAUUUUAUUAAAAUAGGAACUUCUCUAAAGGUUAAAAUUGGAGAUAAAGAAAUUGAAGUACAUAAAGAUUUUAGACUGUAUAUCACAACGAAACUCCCUAAUCCAGCAUAUUCUCCAGAAAUUGCGGCAAGGACUUCAAUUAUUGAUUUCACGGUUACAAUGAAAGGCACGAAUUUACUUACUGGAUAUAUAAUUAAUUAUAUUUUUUUUAAUGAGAGAGAGAGAGAGAGUCUGGAAGAUCAAUUGCUCGGAAGAGUUAUUGUAACGGAAAAAAAAGAACUUGAAAUAGAGAGAACAAAUUUAAUUACCGGUGUGACAGCCAAUAAAAGAAAAAUGAAAGAAUUAGAAGCUAAUUUGCUUCAUAAAUUAUCUACCGUUGAGGGAUCUUUGGUAGAUGAUGAAAGCGUUAUAACCGUUUUAAAUAUAUCGAAGGAUACAGCGGCUGAUGUUAAAAUAAAAUUGCAAGUUGCAGAAGAAACGGAAAUAAAAAUCAAUGCUGCCAGAGAAGAAUUUCGACCCGUGGCCACACGUGGAAGUGUCCUUUAUUUUCUCAUAACGGAUAUGACAAUGGUUAACAGCAUGUAUCAAACAUCAUUGGUUCAAUUUUUAGAAAGAUUUGAUUUAUCGUUAGCGAGAUCGGAAAAAAGUCUGAUACCUUCAAGAAGGAUAAAUUUCAUAAAUGAAUAUUUAACAUAUGAAAUAUUUAAAUAUAAAAGCAGAUCGUUAUACGAAGUACAUAAAUUUUUAUUUAUUUUAUUAAUGACGUUUAAAAUUGAUUUACAAAGAGAAUCGAUUACUUAUGAAGAAUUUCAAACAUUAAUAAAAGCUGCUUUAGAUCUCAAUGCCGUUCAACCAAAACCUUGUAAAUGGAUUAGCGAUAAUACUUGGCUUAAUUUGGUACAAUUGUCAAAUCUACGACAAUUUCAAUAUCUAUUGAAUCAAAUAACAAACAAUGAAAAAAAUUGGAAACUUUGGUUUGAUAAAGAAGCACCAGAAGAAGAAGUUUUUCCAGACGGUUAUCAAAAUUUAGAUGUUUUCAAACGUUUGCUACUCAUUAGGGCCUGGUGUCCAGAUAGAAUAAUUUAUCAAUCAAGAAAAUACAUAGCACAAUCAAUGGGACCGAAAUAUGCCGAACCCGUUAUAAUGAAUUACGAAAUAAUUUUUGAAGAAUCUCGACCCAACACUCCAUUGAUUUGCUUUUUAUCAAUGGGAUCCGAUCCUACUCUUAAUAUAGAAACAUUGGCAAAAAGAAACAUGUUUUCGUGUAAGUCAAUUUCCAUGGGUCAAGGACAAGAAGUACAUGCAAGGAAAUUAAUAGCAAAAUCAAUGUCUGAAGGAGGAUGGGUUCUUUUACAAAAUUGUCACUUGGGCCUUGAAUACAUGAAUGAAUUAUUUACAACAUUAAUUGAAGCUGAAUCAAUACAUGAAGAUUUUAGAGUUUGGAUAACAACUGAAGUUCAUCCUAAUUUUCCCAUUUCUUUACUACAAAUAUCAUUGCAAUUUACAAAUGAACCUCCGCAAGGUAUUCGAGCCGGUUUGAAACGAACUUAUGGCGGAAUGACACAAGAUGUUUUAGAUUAUACGGAUGCUCAUCAGUAUUUAUACAUGUUGUAUGCCGUAUCGUUUUUACAUAGCGUCGUUCAAGAGAGAAGAAAAUUUGGACCUUUAGGUUGGAACAUACCAUACGAAUUUAACAGUUCGGAUUGGUUGGCAUCCGUCAUGUUUUGUCAAAAUCAUUUGGAAGCUUUAAAUAAAGAUCAACCUGUCAGCUGGACGACAGUCAGAUACAUGUUGGGGGAAGUACAAUAUGGCGGGAGAGUGACCGACGAUUACGAUAAAAGACUUCUCAACACUUUUACAAAAGUUUGGUUUUCCGAAGCGAUGUUUAAUGAAAAUUUUGUUUUUUACAAAGGAUACGGAAUCGUUAGAUUUAAAUAUUUAAAUCAAUAUUUGGAAUAUAUCGAUGAAAUGUCUCAAGUGGAUCCUCCCCAAGUUUACGGUCUUCAUCCGAAUGCUAACAUAACGUAUUUAUCGAACACGGCUAAAAACAUGUUAGACACGAUAUUAUUAAUACAACCGAAAGAAUCAUCCGGGGGUAAGGGGGAAACGAGAGAACACGCAGUCGUAAGACAAGCAAAAGAAAUGCUUUCCAAAUUACCCAAAGAUUAUGAUUCUUUUGAAAUCAGAGAAAGGCUCCGAAUGUUGUUGACUCAAUUAUCACCGAUGAAUAUUUUCCUUCGACAAGAAAUCGAUAGAAUGCAAAGAGUCGUAACCGUUGUUAGAGAUACACUAAGAGAUCUUUUAUUGGCCAUCGAAGGAACGAUAAUUAUGAACGACUCUUUAAGAGAUGCUUUAGAUAAUAUAUACGAUGCUAGAAUACCUAAAACCUGGCUUCAAGGUUCUUGGACAUCAUCGAGUAUAGGAUUUUGGUUUACCGAACUCUUAGAACGUGACAUACAAUUUCGUACGUGGCUUAUGAACGGUCGACCAAUUAUGUUUUGGAUGACGGGAUUUUUUAAUCCCCAAGGAUUUUUAACUGCCAUGAGACAAGAGGUUGCUCGGGCUCACAAAGGUUGGGCUUUAGAUGCAGUUAUAUUGCACAAUGACGUUUUGAAAUUGAUGAAAGAAGAAGUUCGAGGGCCCCCAUCGGAAGGAGUUUACGUCUAUGGUUUAUUUAUAGAAGGCUCAGGUUGGGAUAAAAGAAAUGCUAAAUUAACCGAAUCCGCUCCCAAAGUUUUGUUUGUUCUCAUGCCCGUAGUUCACAUUUAUGCAAUUAACACGAAUGAAAUAAAAAAAGAUCCUAAAAUUGGAUUAUAUCAGUGUCCAGUUUAUAAAAAGUUAAAUAGAACUGAUUUAACAUUUAUAACACCAUUAUGGUUAAAUACGAGCAAACCUCCAGAACAUUGGAUUCUAAGAGGAGUCGCACUCCUUUGUGACGUCAAAUGA